GCGCAGUGACACAUAGGCGGAAGUGGCGCGGACAGGCCGGCAAACAGAAGUCCUUUAGAAGGAGGCGGCAGCAGUGGCGGAAAGGGCUGGAGUAGGCGAAGAGGAGGAGAAGCUGGAGCUUUAUUAAGGUUUAAUUGACAUAUAAAAAACCCUGCACAUUUAAUAUGUACAAUUUGUUGAGUUUGGAUAUAUGCAUGCACUUAUGAUACCAUCACCAUAAUGAAGGACUUAGCUCAACAAGCAAAAGAAAAACUGAACAAAGGAGAAGAAACCAAAGAUAACUUUGGAAGCACUGAAUGUGGCAAAAUAAGAACAAUGGAUCUCAAGUUCAACAACUCCAGGAAAUACAUUUCUAUAACUGUCCCAUCCAAAACCCAAACAAUGUCACCACACAUCAAGUCAAUAGAUGACAUUAUAGUACUUGGCAUAAAUCUCAGCAGAUUUAACAAACUUACGCAAUUUUUCAUAUGUGUUGCUGGAGUUUUUGUAUUUUACCUCAUUUAUGGAUAUUUACAGGAAUUAAUAUUUUCAGUGGAGGGUUUUAAGUCCUAUGGCUGGUACCUUACUUUAGUACAAUUUGCAUUUUAUUCCAUAUUUGGCCUAAUAGAACUUCAGCUUAUUCAAGACAAAAGGAGAAGAAUACCAGGAAAAACCUACAUGGUAAUAGCUUUUCUAACUGUGGGUACUAUGGGGUUAUCAAAUACUUCCUUGGGCUACCUGAAUUACCCUACCCAAGUCAUCUUCAAGUGCUGCAAGUUGAUUCCUGUUAUGCUAGGAGGAGUUUUUAUUCAAGGCAAGCGUUACAAUGUUGCAGAUGUGUCUGCCGCAGUGUGUAUGAGCCUUGGUCUGAUAUGGUUUACCCUCGCUGACAGCACAAUUGCACCCAACUUCAACGUGACAGGUGUGAUCCUUAUUUCCCUGGCACUGUGUGCAGAUGCUGUCAUUGGAAAUGUGCAGGAGAAGGCUAUGAAACUGCACAACGCUUCUAAUUCAGAAAUGGUAUUAUAUUCGUAUUCAAUCGGUUUUGUAUACAUUUUAUUGGGAUUGACAUGCACUAGUGGAUUAGGUCCUGCAGUAACAUUUUGUUCAAAGAAUCUAAUUCGGACCUACGGUUAUGCUUUUCUUUUUUCCCUUACUGGGUAUUUUGGAAUCUCCUUUGUUCUGGCUUUGAUUAAAAUUUUUGGCGCACUUCUUGCUGUAACAGUGACAACAGGAAGAAAGGCAAUGACCAUUGUACUUUCAUUUAUAUUCUUUGCUAAACCAUUCACAUUUCAGUACAUAUGGUCUGGUUUGUUAGUUGUCCUUGGUAUAUUUCUCAAUGUUUACAGCAAAAAUAUGGAUAAAAUAAGACUGCCAUCAUUAUAUGACCUGAUAAACAAAACAGUGGAAGUAAAAAAGUCAAGGACGUUGGCACAGACUGUAUAGGUGGUGACUCCUGCUGUUUAACAUAGAAUUCUAAGGGACCAAUCACCAAUUGACUUUCCAAAGGGAUUAUUAUAAACACCAAAGGAUCUGACAGCAUGCUCUCCAUUUGUAACUGGAUUACCCAUGAAGUCAGCCCUUUCUUCAGAGCGUUGUUUGACUGUUUGACAUCUGAAGCAGUCAGGAGAGCAGCGUCUGUCACACCUUAGAAUGGUUUCAAUAUAAAGGACUGUAAUUAUUAUAGUUUAUUGAGAAUUUAACCAGAAGUGGACCAUGCUAUAAAACUAAUUAGAUAUUGUCAUGACAUAUCACAGAGAUUGAUAUGUAAUAGCAGAUUUGUUGGUCUUUGUUCCAUUUUGGUGGUGUUAUUUAAAUUGAUUCUCUGUUAUAAGAGUGAACUGAUUUAAAGUCUAGAGAGAACAACUUCAUUAUAAAUAAAAUUAUUCUGUGAUUUUUUUU